GAAAGGAAAAUUAGAGAUUGAAGUAUUAAAUGAUGUAUUUGAUUAUUCUCCACCUGAUGAUGAUAAUACUGUAGUUUGGUAUAUUAAUUUUGCUGAUUUAAAUCUGUUUGGAUAUUAUGGUGGAUCUCUUUUCGCACAAGAUGAAAUGCAAUGUCUGGAGCAUCCAGCUCUUUGUUCACUUCGUGAUAAGCUUUGUACCAUGCAAGAUGGGUCACAAGCAAAAACUAGAACGAUUAUAUCCGGAAAAUCAAUUGCGACUCCUGUAUUAAUUCGUGGUGUAGAACGUCGUGCCUUCGUCAAAACUGAUUUUAAUGAAGCUGAAGGUAGACCUUAUGGUCUUUAUGGGAAUCAAUUUGCAAUAGCUAAAAAAAGUGCUGUAAAGUUGGCUACCACAGUUUUUGAUGAAAGAUUGAAUAAUAGAGGUAAACCUUAUUAUUCAAAUAUUAUUGCUAUGGAGGCUCCAAAAUAUGGAAAUGGGUGUUAUACUAAUAGUACUAUUAGAAAGAUUAUUGAAACAGCCUAUAGUGGGUUUUUGGCAGCUAGAUUUGAAAGUUUAGUAGAAACUGGUGUGUUGGAUAGGAGGUAUAAAAAUGAUGAACAUACUGUUAUUCCAGAAAAAGAAGAUACAAUCGUACCUAGAGUUGUUAUUAAUACAGGCAAUUGGGGUUGUGGUGCUUAUGGAGGAAAUAUUUCAAUUAUGGCAUGUUUACAAUUCGCAGCUGCCCAUUUGGCUGGUAUUGAUAAAGUGGUUUAUCAUGCCGUAGAUAAUAAUUCUCGAAAUGAUGUUGAUAUUGGAUUAGAGACUUAUAGAGAAUUGAUAAUGGGUGUAGAUGGGAUGAUUAAAGUUGAUGACUUUAUUACUAAACUUGCAAGAAAAAAUUUUCAAUGGGGUUUCAGCAAUGGUACUUAA